UUUUUGGCCCUAAAACAGGUCGUCUGCUACGGCGUGCGAUAUAGUACAGUUAAAUCAUUGGCUGCAUUGCUGGAACUUUGUAAGCAAGAUUCUAGUUACGAAUAAUAGCAAAAGCGUCAGGUAUGGCUUUGAAGAUAACCGCGUUAACCAGCGUUGGUCUCGGAGGAUGGUACGCGGGCCAGCUUUUUGAGAAAUGGAAACACGUUCAAAAAGAUCGCGACUGUCAGACGAGUCUUCUCUCGGAGUUUAGCAUUGAGAGAAUGCCAGGACUUCCAAUAUUUGGAACAGUCUCAGCAGCAACUCCUAUAGGAUCGAACAAUAAUGAUUCACAUUUAACGAGCCUUUCAACGUCAACUUCAAGGACUUCGCAGAUAAUGAGGUUUGGUUUCCCUGGUCUUGAUCAUGUCAGAUCGUAUGAUGAUUUUGUACUGUCAUAUGACAGACGUAACAGAAUUGCCCAUUGGGUGUUCGAGCAUCUUUCGAAGGAUAAUGUGAAGUCCAAUGGAGACGUCGACAGGUCCCAAUGUGAAUUCAAACCUGAUACAACCAUACAUCCAUUUUUCAGGUCAGACAAUAAAGAUUAUAAAUACAGUGGUUAUGAUCGUGGACAUUUAGCAGCAGCUGGUAACCACAAAGCACAUCAAAAACAUAUUGAACAGACAUUUUUCCUGUCAAAUAUAGCACCACAAGUAGGGGUAGGUUUCAACAGAGAUGCUUGGAAUAAACUGGAAAAAUAUGUGAGAAAGAUGACUGAAAUUUACACAGAUGUGUAUGUUUGUACAGGGCCCUUGUUUCUUCCUAAAAAAGAAGUUGAUGGGAAAAAAUAUAUAAAAUACGAGGUGAUUGGCACAAAUCAUGUGGCUGUACCUACGCACUUUUACAAAGUAAUCGUGGGGCAAACUAAAGAUUGCAGAUUAGAAAUGGAAGCCUUUGUGAUGCCAAAUGCUCCAAUAGACAGCACGGCACCAUUGGCAAAUUUUCAGGUACCACCGGAAAGUGUCGAACGAGCUGCAGGCCUUUUAUUCUUUGACAAAAUAUCACGCGAUAAAUUAUCCAAGAUAAAUGGAAAACGUGUUGGAUGGACGUAAUGUUUAAUCACUAUAACAGGAAGUAAAUGAAUUAUACACAUACAGAGCCUUUUCCCUAACUCUAAACAGAGGGAAUGCAGUAGAAGCCUGCUCAAUCAAAUCUUCA